AAUGAACAAUACAUCAGUGCUGUGUGGUGAUGAUGGUUUUGGGAACGGCUCGUCGCGGUGCGGGAACGGAUCGGUUCCCGGGUACAGUGGCGCAGACGCGGCUUCUUUUACGCACGUGUUCCCGGCGGUGUACGGGCUGCUGUGCUCGGUCGGAGUGAUCGCCAACUCGCUGGUCAUCUACGCGGUGGCUAAUUGUAAGAAGAAGAUGGUGUCGGACGUGUACGUCUUGAACCUGGCUGUGGCAGACCUGCUCUUUCUGCUGGUGAUGCCCUUUAACAUCCACCAGCUUGUGUGGGAGCAGCAGUGGGUCUUCGGUGCGUUCAUGUGCAAAGCGGUGGUGGUGGUGGAUGUGAGCAACCAGUUCACCACGGUGGGCAUCGUUACUGUCCUCUGUAUCGACAGGUACAUUGCCAUUGCGCAUCCUACAUCAGAGAACCGCACCAUCCAGUGGACCAUUGCCAUCAACCUGCUGGUGUGGCUCGGCAGUUUUCUGCUCACCAUACCGGUCAUGAUCUACGCCAAGGUCAUCUCCAAGAUGCACAUGAGUGUGUGCAUGAUAUACCUGGACGGCCCUCAGGACAUGUACUGGUAUACCCUGUACCAGUCGAUACUGGGCUUCCUGGUACCCCUUGUCAUCAUCAGCACCUUCUACUCCCUGACCCUGUACCACGUGUUCCAAUCUAUGCGCCGGGUCAAGCGCAAACAGUCUGUGUGGGCCAAGCGUGCAACCAAGAUGGUCCUGAUGGUCAUUGCCCUAUUUCUGCUGUGCUGGACGCCGUAUCACGUGAUCCAGGUCAUUAACUUGGGCAUCCAGCACCCCACGACCAUCUUUGUGUACGCUUAUAACAUUAGCAUCUGCCUGAGCUACUCACACAGCUGCAUCAACCCGCUCAUGCUGCUCGUCUUCGCCCAAAACUACCGCGAGCGCCUGUGCCGCCAUAGGGAAACCCGCAGCAGCGCCUCCAAGACCACGGUGAAGACCGAAGGAUGCUCCAGCGUCAGUCCUGACACCAGCCACCGUGUGACCAUUAUCUAGCGACCGCUAUGACAUGCUUCUGGGCUUCAGAAAGCCAAAUAUAUGAUCAGGAGACAAUGGACGUUACCAUUAGCCAAAACUAACAGGGGGACGCUUUGAAGUUCCAUCGGUGAUGGCGAAUUGGGCAGCAUGUCAUCAUUAUCAUUGGGCAGUGAUCACAUGACUGGGUUUUGACAUGUUUAAAAGUGUAUAUGUGACGUGAAGGUAUAUUAGGGAUGCAAUUCACAUGGUAAGGUUGAAUUUUCAUGCCAGGUAAAAAAUGCCAAGCUGAGAUCUGGAACUUGCGGCGAGGCAAAUGAUUCAAACCCUAAAUCAUUUAAUCAUGAAGUACAUUUUAAUUCCUGACCAGAUUGCCAGUCCACGCUGCAUAAAAGGAUUCUAAACACAUGAUGCUACCACCGCAUAUUUCACAGUGGCAAUAGUGUUAUUCGGUUAAUGCUGCUGUAGGGCAGUGGUAGCUCAAUGUUUAGCUACUGGACUACAAAACAUAAAGUCACCCAAUGCUACAGUUUGGCCCCUGAGCAAAGCCCUUAACCCUCAACUGAUUGGAUUGUAUUUGGUCAUAAUUGCAGGCUACUUUGGACAAAAAGGUCUGAUAAUUGCCGGAAGUGCAAAACUACACUAGUUCCUUAAGAAAAUGGACAUGUUAGUUUGAGUUUAAUUUAAAUCUUAGUGAACAAGAACAUUAUUUAAAUGAAUCCCUGUUUCAAGAUUUCCCUUAAAACGUUUAUUCAGCAACAAGCAUUGACAAGUAAAUGGUGGCACAGGUCACAGGAGUGCAUUUUCUCACUUACAGCUAAUUUCCUGCCAAUGAUUUGUCAUCAGGACCAUUAAAAGAAUGUUCGACUCUAUUUUUUGCCCAGAAGUGUAGACAUUGU